AUGUCGCCUCCUCCGCCGUCAAAACAGCCUGGCGCCGGCGUUGGUGCUGGUGCUGGUGAUCACCCUUUACCCGUCGUCGGCUCCGACCGGCCUCAGACGCCUGUCGAUGAUGGUGCUGCUUGUCAAACUGCUCUGAGUCUUGGCUACGAUGACAAAAUGAGCAACAUGCCCUGGCUAUUCAUUUCCCUGUUCCCCGCGUUGCAUGCCUGCAGUACCAAACCCAUCGUCAUGUGUCAAUCAAUUGGCGGACGGAGCCGCAAAGUGACAGGGCAAGACAAGACACACCAAGAGGUCGAAGCGUUCACUUUGCCUAGGAAAGCAAGCGCACAGGACAUGACCCAUGCCAUGCAUGCGAGCCAGCCCUUGUCAAUAGCGCUUUACCUUAACCUGAUCUCCCAAACGCAACGCAACGCCACCUCCGCUCAACGAUACUACUAUGCACCACCGCCUCCAUAUAAACCAUCCGUCGCAUCUGUUCCCCCGCAUUCUCGCUCGACGGCUACCGCCGCCCCUACAACGGCUACAAGUCCGACUUCCGAGUCCAUCUCAUUGCAAUUGGGUUAUUCAACGCAAUCGCCAACAAACACUGCCCAGGUUGCUUCAAGGGCGUCUGGAGCCCAGGCAGGAUCAUCUUCAGCCAUGAUAUUCUCCGACAUCUACAAGAGCCCGCGAUCGCCCAUCGCUAAGCUCCGCCACAACUCGGUGCAACUGCCGACCUCAUUGCCCGACAAUACCCCAGAUUGGUACGACGAUGAGCACGCCGACCUUCUCAGUAAGGACAAGGCAAAACAGAAGGAAGCUGUGAGACGAUACCUUGACGCCAAGAUCAAGAAUGAUUGGAAUUUCUCGUGGCCAUCUCGCGUCGUCGACCCUCCACUAGCUGAAGGUGACGUCGCCGUUGUCGACACGGCUUCCGAGUCGCCUGACGCUAUCGAGACUGUAACCAACCUCGAUGUCACUGAGCCAGCGAAACCAAUCCAAGAUGAGACACGUGAGGACGAUGGCUAUCAAGUAGAUGACCCUGAGUCGUCAGAUGAUGAAGACAACAGCGACGCCGAAUCCACUUACAGCACUGUUUCUGAAGAUCCCGUUCGUUUUCGCACACGUCUAGAGUGGACAUCUGAUCUCUCUGACGAUGAAAAUGAGCCAGGCCCUUCACGGUCGCCUUUUCGCUUCGACAACCCCAACAACGUGGGCUCGACUGUUCAAGCUACAGUUCAGGCGAAGCGCGCCAAGCGAAGGAGAGACGUUCGCAAAGAAAUGGAGUGGAAUGAGGGCCUGGCCUGUUUCGAGGCCCGGCGAAAUGCAUGGACCGGCGCACGAACUGUUCGUAUCCGAGCCAAGCCUGUGACACCCCCUGCUGUGUCACCUCUAUCUCCCCGUCGUUUCUUUUUCCGCCGCUCAAUGUCGACAUCUCCCCCCAGCUCCACAAUUGCGUCGGCUCUGCCACCACAGGUUAGCGAUGCUUCUGAUGGUUCAUCACUUGCGAAAAGCGACGAGCUUCGCAACGCUCGAUCCAAGGACACAACGCCGUCAACGCCUCCCGACAGCCGGAACUAUCCUGUCGAGGUUCUUCUUCCCCUCGCGCCGCCUCUCCUGCCUCCCAACAACACUCUGCGUGCAUCCAUCACACCCUCUGUGUAUCUCAGCCUCUAUGAUAAGGUCAUCAUCCACAGCCUUCAGCCCUCAUGCCCUAUCAAUCUUUCAGACAUGCUCCGAGCUUGCGUCACAGGCUGGAAACGAGAUGGAGAAUGGCCGCCCCGGCCGGCCAUGCCUCCGCCUACUCCUGCUGCUAAGAAGAAGAAGCCCAAGAAGGCAUCAAACCAAUCAGAGAACGCGGGUAGCACGGUUCGACGUAUGAGUUUUGGACUGCUAGGUCGUGACAAGGACGAUACAACAGGUGGAAAGGGCAUUCGACGCAGUCUCGUACGAGCCCUCGGCAUUGGAGAGACAACCGACGCACCCAAAUAA